AUGCCUCCAAAGAAACAAAAUGCACCGUCUUCAUCAAAGGCUCCCGUCGACAAGACGUUUGGGAUGAAGAAUGUGUGCGAGCAUACUUUAGACGACUCGCCGUGUUCACUAAUCGGUCCGGAUCGUGCGCUACAAAUCCAGAAAAACAAGUCGGCCAAAGUGCAAAAGUAUGUACAGCAAGUACAGAACGAACAAGCUCGAGCUGGCAAGACACCGGCUGCUCUGGCCAAGGAGAAAGAGAAAGAAUUACGGGCCAAGGAAAAGGCGGCGGAGGAGAAGCGAAAGAAGGAGGAAGCAGAGCUGUUCAAGCCAGUUCAGGCGGUACAAAAGGUACCGUUUGGUGUUGAUCCCAAGACUGUCCUGUGUGCCUACUUUAAAGCCGGUACUUGUGACAAGGGGAACAAGUGCAAGUUUAGUCACGACCUAAACGUCGGGAGAAAGGUCGAGAAGAAGGAUCUAUACAGCGAUGCGCGAGAGGAUAAGGAGAACGAUACGAUGGAUAACUGGGACGAGGAAAAGCUACGAAAGGUCGUGCUUUCAAAAGCUGGGAAUCCACGGACGACGACCGAUAUCGUCUGCAAAUACUUUAUCGAGGCGAUUGAGACGAAAAAGUUUGGUUGGUUCUGGGAGUGUCCGAAUGGUCAGGACUGCAUGUAUCGACACGCGCUUCCGCCAGGCUUUGUACUCAAGUCGGAGAAAAAGGCGCUCGACGAUGCGGCCAAGGCGAACACAAUCUCUCUCGAAGAGUUUCUGGAAGUCGAGCGGCACAAAUUGGGACCGAAUCUCACACCCGUGACCCCCGAAACGUUUGCCCAGUGGAAAAAAACUCGACUAGACAAGAAGGCUGCAGAGCAAGAAGCGUUGAAAAAGGCAAAGGAGACACAAAAUGCUGCUGGUCGCGUAAAUGGCAUGAGUGGACGAGACCUGUUCGACUACCGACCCGAGUGGUUUGAAGAGGAGGAUGACGAAGGAGAUGCAGAAGAUGCAGAAGGUGGUGGAUGGGAUAUUGAGAGGAUGCGAAAGGAGACCGAGGCAGAGGCAGAACGAGAAGAGGAACUGCGGAUGGAAGAAAUGCGAAAGGAGUUUGAAACAACGUCUGUAUAA